AUGUCUUCAUUUUUGGAUCGCUGGUUAUAUGACAGAGGUGCCAAGUCUCAUUCUGGCACCAGUAUGCUUAACACAAAUUCCUACAAUUCCGCUUCAUCGAAAGCCACGCAAGAGAAGGUUAAUAAUUACCAGGCUGCCGCAUCUCCUGGAACUUCUCCUAAUUUAAUGAAUAUUCCUUAUUCCUAUUAUAAGCAGCAGCAGCUGCUGCCUGAGCCCAAACUCAACAGCAAUACCAAGUUCGACGAGAUCAACGCUGACAAGCCAAUGUUGGCCGAAAGGAGAGGGUCAACUAGUUCUACAAGUUCGACCAGUUCAGAAGAGAAAGAGUAA